AUGCUGUCACACGAGCAGCAGCAAGGCCGCAACGAACCAGAACAAAUAUGGCAGGAGAAGGCGGCUCUGUACCCCUCACACCCUCCCCACCUGAACCUCACACCUCCCCUAGCUGCACCCUCACACCUUCCUAGCUGCACCUCACACCUUCCCAAGCUGUACCUCACACCUCCCCAGCUGUACCUCACACCUCCCUGGCUGUGCCUCACACCUCCCACCUGUACCCUCACACCUCCACACCUGUACCCUCACACCUCCACACCUGUACCCCUCACCCCUUCCCACCUGUAUCUCACCCUCUUCCCACCUGUACCCCCACCCAUCCCUAUUUGUGCCUCUACACCUCCCCAGCUGCACUACCCUCACACCUCCCCAGCUGUACCUCACCCUCCCUAG